GAGGAGGAGAGAGUGCCUUCCUUGGCGCAGUGAGUGGAUGGUGGGCGGCGGUGAUUGCAUGUGCUAGUUUCGCGGUGACGAAAAGCUCGAAAAGCUGGUGUUCUAUCGUCAGGCAUUAAAAACGAUAAGAUAAUUGCUGAGAUAUAAAAAGGAAGCGCAUUAUCAUUACAAAUAUAUAUAUAUUUUUUUUAUCACUUGGAUUCCUGCUCAACUCGUGGAAGAAGCAGGCAAGUGCUGAACCCUCAGCAUCACCACACACACGCCCUCGGGUACUUGCUGCAGCUGGGAGGGUCUGCAGGUCAAGGCUGCUCAGCGGGAACGUUGCUGAGCUGUUGGCUUUUGUCCGAUUGUCCACGAGAAGAAACGCACCUCUAAACAACUUUUUUUUUUUAAGUCAAGAUCGCUGCUGUGUUUGCCUCAAGGAGUGAGAAGACGUGUGGAUCUCAAUAUAUCCUUCUUGUUUCAGGCACGGAGGAGGCGGGGGAAAGUCAGCAAGCGACGAGGUUCUGCAAACUAAGCUCUAAGACCAAGACAAACACAGCGUCUGUUCUUGCCUCGUCGCUGCAGCCAUGAGAUAUUUAUUCAUGUGAAAGUCUGGCUUUGCGUUCACACAGUCAUCAUCUCGGCCAGGCAACAUUGCAACAGCCGCGAGGGGAAAGUGGGAGGAAAAUGCAAUUGAUCUCGUCCUGAGGAGCGCGGGACUUUCGAACGCGGUGAGAUGGGCGCCGAUGUGGAAAUGUGUGGUGGAUGUGGAAAAGGGGAAGAUAUGGCUGCGUGAAGGAUAAAAAAAAUAGAUGUAUAGAUUGGAAUAUUUUUUCUUAAUUUGGUUGAAUAAAUGUGAAAGUUGUAAACGAGCGGAGGAUAGAAUAUUUAUAGAAAAAGAAGGAAUUGAGUGAAUAAACAGAGAAGCUUGGUUAAAUGGAGAAAAAAGAUAAAAAUAAUAUAUAUAUAAAAAUGUAAUAUUCAUAGAAAGAAAGGAAUUCAGUAAACAGAUGGAUAAACUUGGUUAAACGAAUGAAUAUAAAUAUUUAGUUAAAUAGAUAAGAAAAUGAAAAUGUGAUAACUUGUGGACAUGUAGAUCUUGUGAAGAAAAAAAAAAUGUGUUGUGUUGCAACUUCGUGUGAGGUUAUUGAUCCCAAAAUGUGAAUAAAACAUCUAGGAUAAAAACAAAGCAAGGAGGAAAAAUUAAAACACGAAAAAAAGGAGCAAGACACGUAAUGACGUCAAAUACUGGAUUUACAUUUUUUGUAAUGCAAACAGGAAACACUCGACCAAUUGUGUUCUGCGGAUUUUCCGAACAUAACUGAAACCCCUAACUAACGUAACGAGUGUCAAAACUACCACCAGCAAAAUAACUCAGCGCCAACCACCAUUUUCCCCCACAAACGGCGCCCGCGAGACCACACCUACUAGCCGCCCACAGCCAUGUCAUCUCUCGAGAGUGUCGGUCGGAUGGGCGGGGUGGGCGUGAGCGUUGGGGUGGGCGGCAGCGUGGGCGUGAGGAUGAGAAAGACUUCAGUCCCUGUGGUGUCUGGGAGGUCGCUGGAACUGCCGGGGUCCCACACGCCCACGCCCUCGCUCUCAAGGAGUGGAUCGCCUGCCAGACGAAGAUUCAGCAACGUGAGCGACGUCGUAACCCGCAAGAUCUCCACGACGAUCGGAUGGCGCAGCGUCCGAGCAGAGGCCGUAGUGACGCAAGCCAAGUGUCUCGCCACGCAGUACAUCCGCUCGAGACUGAAGCGCGCGGGUCUGUUGCACAAGAAGCUGGGGUUGCAACGACUUCGCUCCGUGGCCAACCUCGCCGGCGGAUGGGAAGUGUGUGAGGUGUUCCCGCGCGUGUCAGGCAUCGGCCAAGAACUGGAACGAACGCAUCCUAAGCUCUACAACUCGGUGGCACGACAGCUGUCAAUCAGUCUCACAUCAGACAAGGUCGUGAGGUGGGUGUUGGUCCAGGUGGCCCACCAUGUCUUCAGAGGCGAGGUCAACUGGGCCAGGAUUAUCUCCCUCUUCGCUGUGGCCGCCGGGUUGGCCUCCGACUGUGUCAAGCAAGGGCAUCCCGAGUACGUAGCAGGUGUCAUUGACGUGAUGGGCAUUGUCACAGAGCGCCACACUGCCCCCUGGAUAGCCUCUCAAGGGGGAUGGAGCUCCAUCCUGACGUGGUCUCAAGCACCGGAGAGCGAGCCUUCCGUCCUGCAGGUCCUGGUCUUAGUCGUGGCAGGAUUCAUCAUCGCGGCCUUCCUCCUUAUCCUGGCGCUUAAAGGUCUAGGGCAGUUGGUGGCCUUGUGACCUUCCUGCUUCGUCGCGUAGGUCAUGCAGUCUGCCAACCCAGCUACAGAACAUUUGUAUCCGUCGAUGUGUCGUUUAAGCUGAGUAGCAGAGUGACUGAUAGUUCGAAAAUGCUUUUUUUUAUUAAGAGACGUGAGAAAAUGAUAAAAGUUUUUGAAUACGUGUGAUUUCCAUGUUUUUUUUUCAUUCUGAGAGACAAGGAAGAUGGAACGAGAAGGGAAAUCGCCGUUUUUUGGCUCUGUGAUGCUUACUUCAGUGGUGAUGAUAUACGAGGUGAAACCUCCCCAAAAAAUCUAUUACUAAAAUGUGAUCGUCUGCUUAUAUUUUCCUCACAGCUGGAGACAAAAGGUAAAUGAUGAACGGAUCAAAUGAAUAAAAUAAUUUUUGUAAACAA